AACGGGAAAAAAGGUAUGUGUUUUACGAAGAAACAUUCAGCCGUGAACGUGUGGCGAAAUGCUCGGCGUGUUUUUCCCAGCUCCUCUGUAACCACACACACCUGACUCCAUGACACAGCUGCUCUGGGUGUGGCGCUGAGAUCAGUUCCAACUCUUCCCAGCACUGCGCUGCCCUCCCGCCGCUGCUCGCCUGCCCGCACCCACCUCGCAGUCCCAUCGCCGUCUCGCCACUCGAACCCUGGGGGUGGGCAUCGCCCGAUUUUCCCCCUCGUUUCCUGCCUGCUCCGCACUUCCGACCGUCGCCCUUGGUGCGGGUGGGGGGGUGCGGCUACUUUACUCGGAAGCGCUUCUAGCCGCCCCCACCUCCUCGUCCUCCACCCCCCUCCCUCGACAGUUCGGUGACUCGCAGAGACAGACUCGGCUUCCAAACUAGUGUUGGACGAGGAAGAAAUAAGCGGCUGGGAGUUAACCGGACAGGAGCCAGUGCCUAAGAAACUGCUUGGAAAAGGGGGGAAGGCAACAUCAAACUUUAACCAAGCAAGCAAGCAUGACGACUAUAAACACUCAGAAUAUUAGUUUCAAAUGGGAUCCGAAAAAUUUGGAAAUAAGGACGCUGGCAGUGGAACGUUUAUUGGAACCUUUGGUCACACAGGUGACUACCUUGGUUAAUACCAGCAACAGGGGGCCAUCUAACAAAAAGAAAGGACGUUCCAAGAAAGCACAUGUUUUGGCUGCCUCUGUGGAACAGGCAACACAGAACUUCUUGGAGAAGGGUGAGAAAAUUGCUCAUGAGAGCCAAUACCUGAAGGAAGAACUGACAGCAGCUGUGGAGGAUGUACGUAAACAAGGUGAAACAAUGAGGAGUGCUUCCUCUGAAUUUGCAGAAGACCCUUGUUCUGCCAUGAAGCGAGGCAACAUGGUUCGAGCUGCACGAGCAUUGCUGUCCGCUGUUACUCGCCUUCUUAUCCUAGCUGACAUGGCAGAUGUUUACAAACUACUUGUACAAUUGAAAGUUGUUGAAGAAACACUUGUAAAAGUGAGGAAUGCUAACAAUGAGCAAGAGCUUGGGAUACAGUUUAAGGCAUUGAAACCAGAGGUGGACAAACUGAAUCUAAUGGCAGCUAAAAGACAGCAGGAAUUGAAGGAUAUUCAUCAUAGAGACCAAAUGGCUGCUGCACGAGGAGUUCUGCAGAAGAAUAUCCCUAUGCUGUACACUGCUUCACAGGCUUGCCUCCAGCACCCAGAUGUGGCUGCUUACAAAGCUAACCGGGAUCUGAUAUAUAAGCAGUUGACGCAGGCUGUUACUGGGAUUUCAAAUGCAGCCCAGGCAACCGCAUCAGAGGAUGUCAACCUAGGUCAGCAAAGUAGUGCUGGAGAAUUGGCAGAUGCCCUGAAUCGAUUUGAUAAACAAAUAAUUGUAGAUCCAUUGAGCUUCAGUGAGGAACGCUUCAGACCAUCUCUGGAAGAACGACUUGAGAGCAUCAUUAGUGGAGCUGCACUAAUGGCAGAUUCUUCUUGUACACGCGAUGAUCGACGUGAGCGCAUUGUGGCUGAGUGUAAUGCUGUACGACAGGCUUUGCAGGAUCUCCUUUCUGAAUAUAUGGGCAAUGCUGGUCGAAAAGAAAGGGGCGAUGCACUUAAUGCUGCAAUUGACAAAAUGACCAAAAAGACAAGGGACUUGCGUAGACAGCUUAGGAAAGCUGUCAUGGAUCAUGUAUCAGACUCUUUCUUGGAGACCAAUGUACCUCUUCUAGUUUUGAUUGAAGCAGCCAAGAAUGGCAAUGAGAAAGAAGUGAAAGAAUACGCCCAAGUAUUCCGUGACCAUGCCAGCAAAUUAGUUGAGGUUGCCAACCUUGCAUGCUCCAUUUCCAACAAUGAAGAAGGUGUGAAACUAGUUCGCAUGGCAGCCACUCAGCUUGAAGGCCUUUGCCCACAGGUCAUCAAUGCUGCCCUGGCACUAGCGGCUAAACCUCAGAGUAAGGUAGCCCAGGACAAUAUGGAUCUCUUCAAAGAAUUAUGGGAGAAACAAGUGCGUGUGCUGACAGAUGCUGUGGAUGACAUUACUUCCAUUGAUGACUUCUUGUGUGUUUCAGAGAAUCACAUCCUCGAAGAUGUAAAUAAAUGUGUUAUCGCACUCCAAGAGAGAGAUGUAGAUGGACUAGACCGUACAGCUGGUGCAAUUCGAGGGCGUGCUGCAAGAGUUGUACAUGUUGUCACUUCAGAAAUGGACAACUAUGAACCUGGAGUCUACACUGAAAAAGUUCUGGAAGCAACCAAGCUGUUGUCUAAUACUGUUAUGCCACGAUUUACUGAGCAAGUGGAAGCUGCUGUGGAAGCACUUAGUGCCAAUCCUGCUCAGCAGCUGGAUGAGAAUGAGUUCAUUGAUGCUUCACGCCUGGUCUACGAUGGUAUUCGUGAUAUCAGGAAAGCUGUACUAAUGAUUAGAACUCCUGAAGAAUUGGAUGACUCAGACUUUGAAACCGAAGACUUUGAUGUACAAAGUAGAACUAGUGUCCAGACGCAGGAAGACCAGCUUAUAAAUGGGCAAAGUGCAAGGGCCAUUAUGGCCCAGCUUCCACAGGAGCAGAAAGCAAAGAUUGCUGAGCAGGUAGCCAGCUUUGAGGAGGAGAAAAUCAAGCUGGAUGCAGAAGUUUCCAAAUGGGAUGACAGUGGAAAUGAUAUUAUUGUCUUAGCCAAGCAGAUGUGCAUGAUUAUGAUGGAGAUGACAGACUUCACCAGAGGGAAAGGUCCACUAAAGAAUACAUCUGAUGUAAUCAGUGCAGCCAAAAAAAUUGCUGAAGCAGGUUCAAGAAUGGAUAAACUUGGGCGUACUAUUGCUGAUCACUGUCCAGACUCCAGCUGUAAGCAAGAUUUAUUGGCUUAUCUGCAGCGUAUUGCUUUGUAUUGCCAUCAGUUGAACAUCUGUAGCAAAGUAAAGGCAGAAGUCCAAAACCUAGGUGGAGAGCUCAUUGUGUCUGGAGUGGAUAGUGCAAUGUCUCUGAUCCAAGCUGCAAAGAACUUGAUGAAUGCUGUUGUGCAAACAGUUAAAGCUUCCUACGUGGCAUCCACUAAAUACCAGAAGUCUCUUGGCAUGGCAUCAUUGAACAUGCCUGCUGUUUCGUGGAAGAUGAGGGCUCCAGAAAAGAAGCCCUUGGUAAAGAGGGAGAAAAAUGAUGAUAUUCACAAAGUUAAAAGAUCAUCUCAGAAAAAGCAUGUCUCACCAGUGCAGGCUCUCAGCGAGUUCAAAGCUAUGGAUAGCAUUUAAAAUAAAGAAAACAUUCCUAUAAUAUAUCACUGAUAAAAGUACAGUUGAAUCAUUUCAGGAACUCUUUCUAUAAUUUGCUUUAACUUUUUAAUAAAACAAAAUGUAGGCUUUUAAUAUACAUAAAUGUGGAUCAUAGCAAGUUACACAUUCUUGAAGCUAAAUAAAAUUAGGCCCCAUUCCAUAAUUGGUAUGGGAAGUUGAAAAGAUAUUCACAUUAGGUCAAAUUUGAGCUUUGUCUGUCUCUCUGGUAUCAAGUUGACAAAUACCUUCUUUAAUAAUAUAAAAUAAGAAACUAUAACUUUUUGAGGGAUGUGCAGUUUAAAUACUGAAUUUUAAAGCCCACAAGUUCUUACAAUCAAGUGAGAUGGCAAUAAACUUUUUAAAUCUUUUUCAAUAAUUAUUCACAUUUGUACAGUAAUGAAAGACUAAGGCGUUACAUUCAUGAGUGAUUUUGAUUGGUUUAAUUGCUUUAGUUGGUUUGUUAAUGUGUGGAAUGGUUUGCAAUUUUGAAUUUACAUACUUGUUUUCUACUAGUUUGCCUUCCCUUCCCCUGCCCACACCCUCAUCCUGCAGUCAAGCCAAAAGGGAACUUCUACCAUAUUUUUUGUUUUCCCUUUACAAAAAAGGAAGCAAGUUCUUUACACAUCCCUCAACAUUAAUAUGAUCUUUGGUUGUGGUCAAUAGAGCUUAAAUAGCCAAAAUAUUAUUGUGCUACGCAAUCAUAUAUAUCAAGGUAAAAUGUAAUGGGUAUGAUAAUCAUUGGAAGACAAUCCUAAAUUAGUAACUAGAGAUGUAAUGUACCACACCUAAGGAUGUUUUUAAAAAUCUUUUUCAUGAUUUAAAUACUUUUGAACUAUAAAUUUACCUCUGUACUGGCUAUAAUUCUCAAAUAAAGUUACUGUUUUGACAGAC